GACAGUGCUACCGGUAGGCCUAUUCCUUGCAAGCAUAGUCCACCAACAGGCCAUACAAAGAGAGAAAGACAAGAUGGCUUCCAGAUAUGUCUGUGCUCUGAUCAUCACAGGGGUGAUCAGUGUGACUGGACUGUUGGCAUCUUGGACGAAGGGGUUUGAACAAACUGAGAUUAAAAUGAAGUCUUCGACUUCCAUAAAUCUAUUCACAACCAGCUCAAAUGCAGCUCAAACAGAGACUACAACAUUAGCGGGUGGAUUAGCUGUGGCUGAAGGUGUCUUGAACACGCAGAAGGCACAAGUAAUCACAAACUUUCCUGGGACUGCCUCAAUGAAAAAAAUGUCGGGAACAUCUGUGAUAUCAAGAGCAUCGUCUGCCGUUGCUUUAGCUGAACUCUCUCGGCAAACAACAGCUGAUUCAGCAGCAGUGAGUGCAGCUGGGUCAGUGGAAACUACAGCUGGGGGAACAAUCACCAUGUCUGAGACGAAAUUUAAGACACCCAUUUUACCUGUAACAACAAAGGCAGAAACUCUAGAAACAGCUAAAUCAACUCCAGGUGAAACAGUCACCAAAUGUAAAGAAAGUACCGAUGAGGAAACAUGGACAAAUACAGAUCAAAAAACACCCACACCUGAGAGAAUACUUGUUAGUGAUUUUAAACAAACACAUAAAAGUGAAACAGACGAGGGGAUAUUUGGGAAACCUACAGAAGUAGGCAUCACAGUACUACAACAAGAAUCAGGGACAACCAGUUUUGCUAAAACUACAACUACAGCUCAUAUCAAAAGUGCAAUUCCGAUACCUGAACCAAUGACAGACGGUGCAACACAUUUCAUUACCACUAAAUUAAUAACUUCAAAAAUUACAUCUGAAAAAAAAGCAACAACAAAAAUUAAAUCAGCCGUAACAUUCAAUACUGCAGCAUUUAUAACUGAAACAAAAGCGGCACCAAGCACAAUCAUAAAAAUACUAAAAACAACAGGAAAAAAGCCAUCUAAAGUUGAAACAACCACAGUUAGACCACAAGAAUCUGCUCAAGCUAUAAAAACUUUAAAUUGUCCAACAAAAAUAAAUGAAGCUACUGGUAUAAAUCGUAUUACUAUGAUUCAACCUGCUAAAGGAACCAAAGAAAAAACAGUGGGAAAGCGAUUACGUACAGCAGGUACAGGGAUAACAAUAAAAGGCAGACGUGGCCAGGCGAAGAUACCCCUGUCCCAUGAUAAAACUUUGUAUGCUGCCAUCACUCUGGGUUGCAUCCUUGUUAUGUGUGCCCUGUUAGCUCUUUUUGUGUUUAUAAAGGAUUUUAUUGGGUACUAA